UCUUCCGGAUGACAGAGGGGUGCUUUGUGUUACUGCCCAUAUUUUCCGUGAUAUCAGGAAAAUAACAUGCUUGGCUCAGUGUGGUGACUACCAAGUCAAAAGAUGUGGGCUUCACUCACACAUACAUAAAUCAAAGCAUCUUGACUAUUUCGUACAACCUUUUCCAGACUUCGACGUUAGGAAGUUUAUAUACACUUAAUCCCAACCAGAGAGAACACACUUCAUGUCAAGGUGUGGAGGGAAAAGGCACGCGUUGCUCGUCGCUCCAUCAAUGUGGUUUUUUUUUUCACGUGAAACGAAAACAUUGCAUGUAUUUGGAAAAUUACAUUGUAUUAUUAGUGGAAAAUUUAGUGUUGAGGAAUAUAUGUGUAAAUUGGAUUGUUUUCUGGAUUAAUGAGUCAAUGGCAAUCGACAACGGCGAUCAUGUCUUCUAAUAUAAAUGAUGAAAUUAAUCAGGACGAGUCAGCGAUAACUUCUACAACGCAGCAAGGAAUCUUAGGAAUCGAAGAAGUAAUUACCGCCCAGGAUAUUUUUCAUCAUAAUCCUGAUUACCGUCGAAUCAGAAAAAGUCCUAUUAUAAAAAAACGUAUAAGCAAUAUCGAAGAUAAUGACAACGCUUCCAGUGGGAGCAAGCAUACUGAUGAAAAUGAUGAUGGCGAUGAAGAGGCAGAGUCUGAUACCGAUUCGGAAUUCUCAAGUCUCACAGGGUUCUCGGAAUUCUCUGGUCACGAAUGGAAACCAAAGAUGAAACCGUCACUAUGGGUGCAAAGGCAGAUGACCUCGGGAAAUGAUCCACGCGAAAUCCUUUCACAAAUUCUACCUAAUGGAUCAGUCAUACCAGAAGAUCUCUCAGACAGAACGCUUUGGCGUAUACUAGCAAAUAUGCUAUCUGAACCUCCCAAACGCCAGAAGCUACGUCAUAUUAACACAAUCGAAAAUGUGGUAGAAUUAUUACAGACCUGCAAAAAUAUCAUAGUCCUUACCGGGGCUGGUGUUUCAGUAUCUUGUGGUAUUCCAGACUUUCGUUCGAGCGAUGGAAUCUAUAGUCGUCUUGCCAAAGAUUUUCCGAGUCUACCAGAUCCUCAAGCAAUGUUUGAUAUCCAAUACUUCUCACGUGAUCCCCGGCCGUUUUUCAAAUUUGCCCGAGAAAUAUAUCCUGGACAAUUUCGUCCAUCGACUUGCCAUCGAUUUAUUAAGAUGCUUGAGGAUAAGAAUAAGUUAUUGCGGAAUUAUACACAGAAUAUUGAUACAUUGGAACAGGUGGCAGGUAUUCGGAACGUAAUUGAAUGCCAUGGCUCAUUCGCGACAGCCAGUUGUACUAAAUGCAAAUUCAAAGCAACUGCGGAUACAAUCAGGGAUGAUAUAUUUGCCCAACGUAUCCCUAUGUGUCCUAAAUGUAAUGAGGAAUCUAGUGUGGAACUUACUAGCUAUGGAAGCGGAGAUGAAAACGGCACUAGUGUCUUGUACAGUCAGUUGGUUGAGAAAGGGAUCAUGAAACCAGAUAUUGUGUUUUUCGGUGAAGGAUUGCCUGAAUCCUUCCAUACGGCUAUAACUUGUGACAAGAAUAAGUGCGAUCUACUUAUCGUUAUUGGUUCAUCCCUAAAAGUACAUCCGGUUGCAUUGAUACCACGCUCGAUAGCACCGAAUAUUCCACAAAUUCUAAUAAAUCGUGAGCGGUUGAAUAAUUUUAAUUUUGAUGUAGAAUUGUUGGGCGAUUCGGAUACAAUAAUCACGCAGUUGUGCAAUUUAUUGAGUGGUGACUACACAAAGCUCUCUGAAGGAUCAACUCUACUAAAAGAGCGACAUUUAAAGCCAAGUCUACGCAACAUUAAUCGAAUGUUUCAUGAAACGGAGGGUGCUGAUAAAACUCUUCUACUCGGGAAUGAUGAUACUACGGACACACAGUUAUCUAAAUCCGGUUUAGCAUCGAAUAGUAGUCUGGGAGGAUUUGGUGAUAGUGGCUUUGAAACUACUUCGUCUUCUAUUGCUGGUAGUGUUAUAAGUACUAGUAAUAAAAUUGAUAGUAAUAGUGACAGGAAAUAUUAUUUUGACCAUAAAGGACAUCAUCGUCCCUCUUCGUUAACAUUAAAACAAGGUGAUGAAAGCGGUUCAGAUUCAUCUCCGUUAAGUUCGGGUUCAUCGCCAAAUUCAGUCUUUAAUCUUGUGAGUGAGGAAAAACCUCAUAUUCCACCCCCAGACUGCCAUAGCGAGGAACUUCAACAAUCUGUAAUAGGCGAUGCAAGUGAAAUUCACAAUUUUAACAUAGAAAUAGCAAGGAAUCCGGGUUUUCCUAGAAAAGAUAGUAAGGAGCAGACGCAGGUGACACCAAAACCAUCGUCUUCAUCACGUUCACUUGAAAGUGAAGAGAGCAGUUGUAAUAGUAUUAUUUGUCCUGUAACCUUACAAAGUGCGAAAUUAUCUAAAGAAUCACUCGAGGUUGGUAUAUCUGAUCACCCAAUUGAGGGUACUUACUGGAAUCAUAUGAAGAGCGGCAUAUAUAUUUUUCCUGGAGCUCAAAUUUCUAGUUUUAAUCUUAACGAUAGUAGUGAUGAUGAUGGCGAUGAUGAUGAUGACCUUGAUAUUGAUAUCGAAAGUAGACGUCCUAAUAUUGAAUCCAAUAAUAGUAGUGAUGUAGAAUCCCCAUUCAAAAUGGAAAAGCUUCUAUCCAAUGAGUAUUGUGAUUUUGUGUUAAAUUAUAGUAAAUCCAUUGACUGCGACGAGAAUAUGAAACGUAAUAGCGAUCAGGUCGAUGAUUGUGACAGUCCCCCUUCGAAAAAAAAGUUCGUAAUUUCGUGAAUGUGUGAUAUAUCUACUGUUCCAAUAUUCAAGACGAACUAAUAAUUGUGAAUGAAAAAACUGGAAUUCACCCAAAUUAGUUAGAAUAAUCCAAUCAAAAUAGCAAUUGGGUUUAUUUAAUUCAAUUGCUGUUGGCCAUGAAUUUUAUUUAAUAAACAAAUUCAUUUAUUUAAUGAUUAAAUUCAUUUAUUUAUUUAAUAAAUAAAUUCAUGGUUAUUGAACGAAAAUCUACAUCUUGUCUUUUUGAUAGUAUAUCUCUAUUAUUUCUUUUAGUCAUUCCAAAUCCCACAGGAGCAAUAGUUUUCAAUUUUAGGCUUGUAAUCUAGUCGACUCCUAAGCUCAGACAUUAUCACUUCAAAGUAGGAAUAGUAUGCAAGUAGAAAUAAUGAAAAUUGUAGAAUGAAUUUAUUCUAAGGAACCCUCUUUACGAAAAAGCUCUUAUACUAUAUAUAUUAUAUAAGAUACUUAUCUGGGCUGAGGAGAUACUUUCCGUUUGUUAGGAAAUUAUUUAUAAAAUUUAUAAGUUUGUUUUUGUCUAUUCUUUUAAAUCAAGAUAGGGAAUCCGUAGGAAAUGUAAAUAGCAGAAUAUCAGAGAAAAAAAAAUGGAAAGUGAAAAAAAAAAAAUUUAAAAUUUAUGUCCGUCCGAGAGAGUAACACGAAGUACAAUAUUCUUUAAGGUGAAACAAAUUUAUGGAAGUUUCCAAUAAACACUGCAACAGUAAUUGAAUAAUAAUCUCUUACUGCAAUAAGUAUUUAAAACACACAAUGAUGUACAUUUUUUAAUUUAAAAGUAAUCCGCGAGUUUUUAUAUCUUAGCUUGUAAUGAAAAAUAAAAGAAAAAUAUUGCGAAAGAAUAUAGUAA